AUGGUCAUUCAGCGAAGUUGGAAAAUUCCCACUGAUGUGGGGGGUUCAUUGAACAGCAACACCACAUCAACUAACGAAGUGCAACAGCGUUCUUCUCCGGGUAUGCAGCUGCAGGCAGCCAACUCUUCUUCAGAUGACUCGGAUUGCUCAAAUCAAACCACUCAUUCGAUGGAUACACGGGUGGCCAGUCCUGUUGAGGGUGUAAGAAAACAGGCCGAGAAGGAUGCGGCAACAGAAAGCAGCACAAUUACCUUGUCUCUGCUGGGCGAGUCCACAUCUUCGGAUGCAGAGUCAACACAGAAGUAUGUAACCACUCCAGACAUGGCGGAAAACAUGUUGCAACGAAUUCGACAACGGUUGGGUGGCUCUCACAACUUGGAAAGUAGCGGCAGUGCAGAGUCCGCCAUGAGAGCUCUGGAACUUCUGAGAAUCACUGUACAGCAAGCCUUCGAUGCGGAGGUCAACGAAAUAAUCAAACGCUACAUGCAAAACUACUUUAAACCCGCUUUUGGUAACAUUAAGGAAAAUCUUGGCCAGCAUUCAGUUAAUGAGGAGACGCUGCAGAAGAUGUCAUCCUGUGCUUUGUUGGAAAAUGCUAAGGCUCAGUACACAAACUUUGUUCGGCAGCAUCGUUUGGUGGCUGGCGCCACGGAGCAGCAGCGUUUGGCCCUUAAACGUACAGCUAAGCAAGAGAUUAACCCAGUUAGCAAGGUCUUUGCUGGUAACACGGGCUUCGUGGCCACUAAACCCAUGCCUUGCACGGCGACAACGGCCAACCAGUUGCCAAUCGCGAACCAACAACCAGCUGCUCAGCCUGUCCUGCUCCAGCAACCGGAGUUGCAAGCAGUACAGCCUCUGCAGCAACAGCAGGAACAAACGCAAUCCCAAAAUACACAGCAACAACAGCAUCGCAAUACGGUUACUCCAUUGGUGGGCGGCACUCUGCCCACUCCAGUUCGCCGUCAGAUAUUCUGGAACACUGCGCAAAUCUCGACAACCACUAAGUUCGUGCUGGAUGUGCAGGCCAACCUGGCAUUUGGUUUUGGUACCGAUGGCAAGGAACGUCUGGCCAGCAAGCAUCCUGAAUUGAUACGCUACCUUCCGGAUGGAGAGGACAGAGAAUGGCUGGCCACUCGAGGCAUUAUUCCCGCGGAAAAUCGCAGCUCGCGGUUCUUGUUUCUCAUUUACGAUGAAGUUUGCCGACUUCAGCAAACACACGAGCUAUAUCGCCACAAAACUAACAUUGAUCUAAGCAUGAUGCUCACCUUUAGCGUUACCGAUGCCAUGAUACACAAGAUGCGACUGUUUUUCGUGGAUCUGAAUAUCAAGAGCCGCGGACUUAUAACGAACUCGUAUAUUAUGCCUAGUCAGCAGCAGUCGGGAAAUGCCAAUAACAGUCACCUAAGGAAUGCCCUGCUUCAGGGCGCAUCAUCCCAACAGCAGCAGCAACAACAGAUAGCCACGCCCCCAACUGAGGAUGCGGUGCUGAAGGAAAUCCCUGCAGCAUCACCCACUCCUUGUUUGCAGGGUCAGGUUGUGGGCAGCACAACAACGCCGCUAAAGUCCAAGCUUGCUGCCAGUUCCACGCUUAGCUCCUCGCAUGCCACACUGACCGCUUUGCUGAACAAUGGAGGAGUUGUUGUGGGAUCAGCUCCUGCGGGCAGUUCCGCUCCAAGCACAAUGGGGAAAUUUCGAAAUUAAAUCAAGUAAAUUAGAUACUGUAAUUACAUUUAUUUGGCCUGUUAGAUACCAUUUAGGAAAGUUGUAUUUUAAUUUUCUGUAUAUUUAAAUAUAAGAACAACCGAAAUCUUGUAGCACAGAACCAUUUGUAUAGAUUUUCCAAAGACGGAGUCGUGGAGAUCCUUAACUUAACCAUCAGUUAUAAUAAAAAACUUCUCGAA